AUGAGUAAACAAUUUGAAAGCGUUCAAGCUACAUUAGAAAAGUAUAUUCCAGCAGAGGAAUUAUCAGAAGUUAAAAGAAUUCUUUAUGGUUAUAAUAGAGGUCACCAUGUCAAAUCACUUCCAAUUUGUCAAGAAGCUUUAGAUUUAGCAAAUAAAAAUAAUUUUGAAAUUGUUGCUUCAAAAGUUGAAGCAGAUCCAGAACAAUUAAGAAAACCAAGAAUUGUUAGAUUAGGUAUUAUUCAAAAUUCAAUUGGUGCUGAAACUACUGCACCAAUCCAAGAUCAAUAUUUAGCAAUUGAAGCAAAGAUUGAAAAAAUGAUCGAUGCUGCUGGUGCUAUGGGUGUAAAUGUUUUAUGUCUCCAAGAAACAUGGCAUAUGCCAUUUGCAUUUUGUACAAGAGAGAAAUAUCCAUGGGUUGAAUUUGCAGAAUCAGCAAGUACAGGACAAUCAAUUAAAUUCAUUCAAAGAAUGGCUAGAAAAUAUAAUAUGGUAAUUAUUUCACCAAUGUUAGAGAGAGAUGAUGUUCAUGCAAGUACAAUUCAUAAUACUGCCGUUGUAGUUGGUAAUAAUGGUAAUAUCAUUGGAAAGAGUAGAAAGAAUCAUAUCCCAAGAACUGGUGAUUUCAAUGAGUCAACCUAUUAUAUGGAAUCGACAUUGGGUCAUCCAGUGUUUGAGACUAUUUAUGGAAAGAUUGCAAUCAACAUUUGUUAUGGUCGUCAUCAUAAUUUGAAUUGGUUAGCCUAUGGUUUGAAUGGUGCUGAAAUCGUUUUUAAUCCAUCCGCUACCGUGGGUGAAUUAUCUGAACCAAUGUGGGGUGUCGAAGCUAGAAAUGCAGCAAUGACCAAUAACUAUUUCGUUGGUUCAAUCAAUCGUGUUGGAACUGAACAUUUCCCAAAUGAAUUCACCAGUGGUAAUGGUAAACCUGCUCAUAAAGAUUUCGGUCAUUUCUAUGGUAGUUCUUAUUUCAGUUCACCUGAUAAUUGUUGUACUCCUUCACUCUCUCGUGUCUCUGAUGGUUUAAAUAUCUCUGAAGUCGACUUAAACCUUUGUCAACAAGUAAAAGAUAAAUGGAAUUUCCAAAUGACUGCUCGUUAUGAAUUAUACGCAAAAUUCUUAACAGAUUACAUUAAUCCAAAUUAUCAACCAAAUAUUAUUAAAGAUCCAUCUAUGAAAUAA